AACAGUGACAUUUAAUCAUUUCACCAAAGCACGGGCGACACGUUUGUGGAAUAAUAACCUCGAAUAUGACGCGUUUGGGGUGUAUUUGAAUCCCAUGCAGCGGUAAUAGGCACGCGCCGUUACACUAGCCUAACGUUAAAUGUUGAGCGGAAAGAUGAUCACAAAUGCCCUAUUUAGCCACAUUUGGUCUCUAGCAGGGGAGUGCUGCAUACAGCGGCGUGUUAGUAUAAAAGGUUACGUAACGAGCAGAUAGUUGAGAUUCCUCUCCACGCACGCACACACACGCACACACACACAAGGCUGCUUAGACAUAAAGUGAAUAUGUGUUAAUGUAGGUUCAAGCUGCCAGUUUAUUUAUUACACUUGGCUAACUGAUGCCACAGCAGCCCUGCUGGGAAUGAAGGAAGAAGGUACACUUAAAACCUCCUCCAUUAAGCUGAUGAUGCUCAGUUUGGGAUUGAGGCCGUUUUAAGAGAGGCCUUUAAUUAUAAUGGUAGUGUGUGUCUCCCUGCGUCUGGCUGGACCAUAGUCUUUAAUCACCUCAAAUCUUCAUGAAGUUGAAUCGACGCACCUUAAACUGAACAGUGUGUGUUUAUACUAUUUACUUUAUAUUGUACUGCAUUCACUUUAGGCACGUGGGUCUGGUGAACUAUCGACUGAGUGUAUUCUUCAUAUUUAAUGAAGUAUCCAGCCAACAAGGGCUGCAGUCAACGAGCCCAUGGUGACCUCUGUAAGCGUGAGGUUGUUUGUCUGACCGACCUGCUCAAAGCACAGAUGUCUUCAGUUCACCGUCGUAGGAGACUAAGAAUACUGUGCACUGAUUCAUCUUUAAAUAGCUGAAACGGUGCAGAUUUUGGCCAAAUGACAGGAACAAUGAUUGGCCCAUUAUCAAGAUGGUUUCCGAUAAGAUUUUGACGUGGAUAGACUAAUCGCUGGAGCUCUACAGUCAACAAAGGGCCCCAAAUAGUUUCUGUUUGAUCUGGAGAAUCUGGUCGCCAUAUUUAGAUUCUUGCAACGUUGUUUUUGACAACCGCAGUGCUGUAUGCCUAAUGAGGAGCACGACACACAUGCAUACACACACACUAUUUUUGGUUUCUGGAGCUCAGAUGUUUUCGGUGUUGCUAUGACAAUGGUGACAAUAGUGAGGCAGAGCUUUAGUAAUGUGGAGGCUUGAGGCAGGGGUGGUGGUGGUUUUGAAAGCGGACUGGAGGAGGUUUGAAGCUAUUCAUCGUCCAUUUCAGCCAAAGACUUUGACAGAGGAGGUUCAGAGACAAGAGGGCAGAAAACAAGCAUGCUUGUGUGUCAAUGAAAGACAGGGGGAGGGGAGGGGGGAGUCAGGAAGCUGUGGUCAUGAGUUUUAAUAGCAUGGUAUAUGGCUUCUAGUCCUUCACAAGAGGAUCACUAAAGGAGAAAGCUGAAUGAUAAAAACAGUCCAGACAGCACAGAGGAAAGAACUCCCUAAUCAGAAAAAAAGUAAAUAAAUGGAGUUACUAAGACAGAGGGGAAGAUGGAGGCUGAAUAUAUUAGCUGAUGUUGUAAUGAGACACGGGGGGAUUCAGGGAGUCGAUGAUGUCUACAUUUGGAGCAGAGGAGCUUCCUGAUCUGAGACAGGACUGGGUCAGUCUGACUGCAUUCAUAUGCUGCUGUUGGCUUCACCAAAAGCGGAGACGGCGGCUUUCUGCAGUCUUAAAUGUCACGGAAACCAUUUACAUGUGAACAAGGUGUUCUGGUUAUUGCUGUCACUGGUUUGGAACCAAUUCGGUUAAACGUCCAGGUGAUUAACAAAAGUUAUCCAGGCUUGAUCUUCGAGAAGACUCAACAUGAUGUACAAAAGGUCAAGGCUAAUGUAUUGCUUUCUGAAAGCUCCACAAAAUUUUAUUUUCAUAUCAAUAGUGCAAGAAUGUUUGUGAUUUGAGGCAACAUUUGCAAAAUGGUUUGUAAGAAGACGUCUGACAAAACAUAAGUUACGUGGUUAUGAUACAGUAUAUGAUAUAUUUUACCUAAGUUAAGUUACCUUUUGGACGGGAUGCGCCUGUAGUUGCCAUCGAGGACAAUGAGGUUGUGUGCUCUUUUUUUUCUGUGAACUUUCGCAUUUCAACAACCUGCGUUCUUUCAGGUUGAUUCUAUCAUUUUUAUACUCGGGAAAUAUUAAAAUUUGAGUUAUUUCAGGCCAACAAAAUAAACAACAGGAUUUAUCAUUUACACCUUGAUGUAAUACAGAAAAUACAACAGUUAACUGAAAAAACAUCAAUAAACAUUUUGUUAUUUGAAGGCCUUUUGGCUCAUGACAGCAGUAUCUCUUCAAAGUUGUCGUCAUUUUCCUCAAAGUUCCUUCAACCUCACUUCUUUUUAGUUUUCAACAGAUAGAUCCUGAUGAUAUUUUGCCUUUAGAACAGCUGCUUAUGUUUGGAGAACAUCCAACAUUUGAGAUGUUGCGACGAAACAAAUAUUUUGAUAUCGUUUUGGCACCUUGUCUUGACAUGUUUCAAAACAUUGCAUGUGGUUUUGAGAAAGCUCUUACGGUUUUAAGGUGAAAAACAUAACAUUUGCCUUUGGACAAAGUAAAAACUGCACACUAAUCAAGCCUGGUUUGGUGCAAACUUAUGUCAAACCUUGAACCGGGUUCACAAUAGCGAUUGAUACUCCAGCAGCAGUUUUAAAGGUCAGAUGUCCGAUUUUCCUGUGGUAACAUUGGGGUCAACUGUCGAUUAGCUGUCGAGCUCGUUGACUUAAAAUUCCUGUUGGUAUUGUUGAGACACAAUUACAACGUUGUCUUGGUUUGACAGUUGGCCACACGUCUGUCUCCGACCGCUGGCACCACCGGCCAAUGAGUGCACGGUCGCAGCCGUAUUAAAGACUAAUGGCUUCCAUUAUGUAGCUGAAUGGUUGAUCUUUUUGAGCGCUUGACAGGGCUAAUACUGGUGCUGAAAUAUUGAUGGGCCCUGGCACGGGGCUGUGCUCAUUGGUGAUUAAUAUUUAAUUUGGAUACAAUAACUGAACACAUUUAUUUCAGUGAUUGACAGGCUCAGUUUAUUUAUCAGCGCUGUGUGUUUAAAGCUGCUACAUUACGCUGCUUCUUAGAUUGUGAAUAUCUUUGUUGACAAUACAAUGUUUAGUUAUGUGUCUGAUCUUGACGAGGAAAGAGAGGGGAAAAAAGUUGGUGUGUGUGUGCGAGCUAUUGUUUGGGUGUGCAUGUUAAUACAGCCGUGAUGUUUGAAUUGAGGAAGUUUCAGGCCGUGCCGGGGCCAGUGUCAGUUUCCUGUGUGACUGACUGAGCAAAGGAGGAAGUGAUUUUUAACGGAAGAGGAGCUCUUCCUUUUAAAAGCCCCCACUUCUCAGAUCACAGUCUUCACUACGCUCCUCUCAUGCUUACUGAGAAUGGAUGAUCCAGAGUACGGGGUUCAGAUCGGAGAGAACAAGUUCAUCAGGAAGGCAACAGUCCUCUCGCAUCUGAAGACGUACAACUUCUACUAUGAAGGACAGAAUCUACAGCUCAGACACAGAGAGGAAGAGGGGGAGUUGAUUGUCGAGGGCUUGCUGAAUAUCUUUUGGGGUCUGCGGCGACCAAUCAGGCUUCAGAUGCAGGAUGACCACGAGCGAAUCCGACCGCCCCCCUCCUCCACGUCCUGGCACUCGGGUUGCAAUCUGGACAGCCAGGAGGGUUCCCCAAACGGCACAGAAGGUCAACAGACGACACAGCAGAGCCCGCCCACCGUGGAAGUGACACCGCCUGACAGCCAACCAGAGGACGCCGAUGUGAUGGAAGAGCAGGCCGAAGAGGACAGUGAGAGCUCCGCUCAGCUGCUCAGGACGAAGAGCGAUGCCGGCGUCUUGAGACGGGGCCAGCGGCGGUCACCGAGCGACCAGAGGAAAAUCCGACGCCAUCGCUUCUCCAUCAACGGACACUUCUACAACCACAAGACGUCCGUGUUUACCCCGUCUUUCGGCUCGGUCACUAAUGUCCGGAUCAACAGCUGCAUGAGGACACCACAGGUGCUCCGGGUUCUCCUCAACAAAUUUAAAAUCGAAAACAGCCCAGACGAUUUUGCGCUCUACCUCGUCCAUGCAAGUGGAGAGCGCGUGAAACUGAAGCGGAGUGACUACCCGCUGGUGCUGAGAGUGAUGCAGGGCCCGUGUGAGCAGGUCUGCAAAGUGUUCCUCAUGGAGGAAGACCUCGUAGAAGAAGUCACGUAUGAUGUGGCGCAGUAUAUCAAGUUUGAAAUGCCCGUCCUGCGGAGUUUCAUCACCAAACUGAUAGAGGAGGAGGACAGAGAGGUGCUGAAGCUCAGGAGAAGAUAUACGUACCUGCGCUGUAUAAUUGAGAAGCAGCUCAGCUGUCUUCCAGAGGGGGCGACGUGUAUGUGAUCCACCCGCUGGACUGUUAAAAGCACCACACCCUCCGCUCGGCUGUGACUGAGCCGUGACCGAGGAUCAGCCAACAAGUACCCCGAUGUAUGUGUGUCAGCGAUGAUCCGGCUCCUCCUGAACAAUGGAGCCUUUUUACGUUUUUUUCUUCUUUUUUUUAAAUCAUCCGAACGAUUAACCCUGUAGACCAAACUUUGACAUGCUGUAUUGUUUGCAUGUUAAGUGGGAACCAUCUCAGCAGUAGUCUUCAGACCCAGUCGUAUCGCUUAGUCAUCGCACACAGAAACACCUCCCAAUGCAGAAUGAGCCCACAAAGCACAGACGUCAUGUGAUAUUACUCUAAUCAAGUGCCUGUUAAAAGGUUUCUCCCAGCACAAAGGCACACGCUUCGAUCCUGUGUUUUGAAGUAAUACGGAAGUACAAUAGCACAACGCCAGACCACAGUCAUGCUCUGAAAGGCUUGCGUGCCUUUUAUGUUCCUCUCUGUUUGAGAAUUAUUUUUUUUAAAUUAUAUUGUAAUUUAAAGGAAUGUUAUCGACUCCCAUAAUUUGAUCUUGAUCGAGAAAUUCCCCGCGGGGGAUUAUCAACGGUCGCCCGAGCAGAUAAUCUGUUUAUGUUGUGACCGUCGGUGGUUGGAUGGGCGCAACCGCUGAGGUUGAAGAAAUAUGUUUGACAUUUUGGGAAAGCGUUUUCCCGCCGGGAGUUAGAUGUUUUGUAGUGUAUUUUGCAUAACAGCAGCUGGUUAGCUCAGCACAAGCACAAAGACUGGUAACAGCUAGCAAGUCAGCCCACCGGCACCACUAAAGCUCACAUAUUGAUAUGUUCUAUAUCUCAUUUGUUUCAAUCUCUUCCAAAAAAACAAACAAAGUGAGCUGUGUUACACUUUGUUGUUUUUGUGUGCAAGACUAAACAAAUAAAGUGUUGAGCUUCGGAGAUGCUGGUGGGCAGAUGUUGUCAUCUUCAGACACGGCACGGCUAGCUAGCUGCUACCAGUCUUUGUGCUAAGCUAAGCUAACCGGCUGCUCGUGAUAGCUUCUUAUUUGCUUUCUGGUAUUAAUCCACUCAUCAAACGUUCUUUAAGAAAUAAAAAGAGCCCCCACGACCACACACACACACCAAAACUACUCCUUUUUUUAAGGAAAGAAAUUCCACCCUGAAAGAAGACUCUUUGCAUUCCUGCCUUAACUAUUUUCAACAUCAUUCUUCACAUGAUGACUCCUGGUAGGCGUUUGGGCUGGCUAUUUUAUUUGUAAUUUGUUUACAUUACACAGAACAACGCAAGUGAAAUCCCACAAGAGUGUGAAUCAUGCCGACCAUCUCUCAGACGAAUGUUGUAAAAGUAUGAAUGAGCAUUAUUCAAAGCAGGAUAGUUUGCCUCCACGUGUACAGCUCGUUGCUUUUGGUUUGCUCGAUGUCGCCCAACAUGGUUGUUCUAACAUCUCGCCGUACAGUGCAAAGUGUGAGAGUGUGCAUGUUGUAUAUUUUUUGGUGUGACUAUUUUAAAGACUUGCCUGCUUUUUUGUAUUGUCUUUUACAAAUAUGAUGAUCUUUAAAAAUGUUGUGAACUCAUGCCACGACUUGCAAAAUGUAGUUUUUUUUCGUACCAUGAUUGUUAUUUAAUAAAAAGUCAUCCUGA